AACGACACUGCUAAAUGCUACGUGAGGCGAGCCUACAAGUUGAGAACGAUCAAAACAAACGAUGACGGCGGAGCCCAGAAAAGCCGAACAAGUCUGGGUUUUUACAAUAGUACGUUAACGUUGAGCAAUGUGGACGUAGUUUAGGUUUAGCUUUCACAUUCCAUGACUUCGAAGUAGGAAUUCUGCGGCGGGAGUACCGAGAGUUCGGUCUGAGAGCUACCGACUGUAUGUAUGCUAGCCUUUAGCUUUAGCUUUAGCUACAGCUGUACUAGCUACUUGUGGUGACGUCACCAACUCUUGUCCAGACAGCUUGGUGUUGGUGACGUCAAGUAAUCGAUGAUAGCAAACAUGUGGAGGAACUUUAACCAGCUGUGCUUUAUUUACUGACACCGGGUAUCUUUAAAUCCGCCUUGGAAGUAGCGUUCUUGGUUUGUAGUCAAGAUGAGUUGGUUCAACACAUCCCACUUGUCCACUUUCGCCAAACAAGCGUUGACAACAGCUCAGAAAUCGAUCGAUCGAGUUCUGGACAUCAAAGAAGAAGGCCAAUGGAGUGACGCAACUGUAUUGCCUUAUGACGAUGUGACAUUGCCGGCAAAGCUGUCGUUAAGUGGAGGGUGGGGGAUGGUCCAGUGGGAAGCACUACCUGAAGAAGAUACCCCCAUCCCUUCGUCCCCCUCUGCUGCCAUUACUACACCUGUCACCCGCACAGUAGUGGACGACUCUGACAACUUUUUUAGUUCCUUUCUGUUACCUGGAGACACGCAAGUUGACACGAAAUCCAAUGAAGUGUCUGUACUACCGGUAAAGUCUCAAAAGCAGUCUCAGGAGAAAGACAAUAACCGCAAAAAUGCUGCUGCCCAAAUCAAAUUGGAGGGCGAACACAUUGUGUCAGUUAUUCAGGGUCAUGAAAGUCGGACAGUUGUGGAUGGACAACAGUUGGAAAAUGAACCCUCUCAUGCAGACACCAUUCUUCUUCAGCCAGUUUCUCCCAUUGUAAGUUGUGGUGAGCUACCUUGUGGCUCAGACGAUAAGAAGGCCCUUACAAGCGAGGUAAAACCAAACACUGACACAGAAGAGUCUGCAGACCCAAUGACCGAGUGGUCACAGAGUCCAGCUGGAUUCCCUGUUGAGAAAGAACCCUCUGAUUCUUCAGAACCUUGCAGUGCUUCCACUGAAUCUAAAAAGUCUACACAACUUCAUCCGCUUGCCUCCCAACCUUCUAAGGAUGUACAUUUAGAGCAGAAAGACUCAAAGCCUGAAGACCGUCAGACUGAUACCCCUUCUCCCCCAGUGUGUGCCUUCUCUUCAGGAACAUCUACCACCAGUGACAUUGAAGUGCUGGAUCACGAGAGUGUGUUGAGUGAAAGUUCUGCCAGCUCCAGGCAAGAGACGGGAGAAGGAAAAUCUGGACUUCACUUAAUGCACGGUUCAUUCCAACUUCUCUCCGCUUCUACCUGUGAAGACUUUCCCCGUCUUGAGGACUAUACAAAACUCACAGAGAGUUGUGGCUCUUCCUCCGAUGCGUUCGAGCGCAUAGAUUCAUUCAGUGUACAGUCAAUGGAUAGCCGCAGUGUCAGUGAAAUUAACUCCGAUGAUGAGAACCCUGGCAGUCGGACGCUCGCUUCUGUCACUUCGCCCGCAGCCCCUAUAACAGAUGUUUCACCAAGUAUAAGCGAGAAGCAAGACGAUGGAGUUGUGGAAAAGACCGCAGAGGCGGAAGAGGAGAAGGACGAGUGUUUCGCCGGAGCUGUAAGGGAACAGUCUCUGGACGAGAUGGAGGAAAGCGGACGGAGUGUGACUCCAGUGAAUAGCGAACAACCUGAGGACUUGACCGAGCAGGAAGAGGAAUCUGAGGCGAACAUCACACUGUUCGAGCCCAACGCCAACGUCGAGUUAUUCAUUCCACCAAUCACAGAAGAAAUGAAAAGUGUCUCAACCGUUCAGUUUUUGGAACUUCAAAAGGUCAUCGAUGAGCUGUCAAGCCGCCUUGAAAAAAGAGAGUCUCAGCUGUUGGCAGUCAGCAAGGACAAGGCAAGACUGGAAGAAGAAUUUGACAAUCUUAAAGAUGAAGUAAUAACUCUGAAGGAGGAGAGCUCCACUGUUCAGUCCUUAAAGGAUGAGUUCACGCAGCGUAUAGCAGACACCGAAAGGAAGGCUCAGCUGGCUUGCAAAGAGAGAGACAUUGCCAAGAAGGAGAUUAAGGGUUUGCGAGAGGACCUUUCUACAAGACUGAAUUCCAGUGAUACAUUGGAGCUUAUCAAAGAGAAAGAGGAGCAGAUCAGAGGCCUACUAGAUGAAGGUGAAAAGCUGUCCAAGCAACAUCUUCAGCACAGCACUAUCAUAAAAAAACUGCGCGUGAAGGAGAAGGAGAGUGACACGAGACUCACCAAGCAACAGAAGAAAAUUAUAGAGCUGGAGAACGAGCUGAAGCACCUGCAGCAGGUUUUCGAGGGGAAAGAAGAGGUAGAAAAAAAGAAUCGGGAAAAUAUCAAGAUGCUGAACUCGGCUGUGGAACGUCAAGAGAAGGAGCUGAGCAGGCUACAGACAGACUCUGAGGAGCUCCAAGAGAAGAACAGAAGUCUCCAGGCGGCUCUGGACAACUCUUACAAGGAGCUGGCGGAACUUCACAAGGCCAAUGCCAGCAGAGCCAGUGAGGUUGAAGAGGUAGCUCUUAGUAAAGAGAUACAAGCCAAGGAGUUGCUAAGCGUGGCCCUGGUGAAGGCCCAGGAUGAGGCCAGGAUACAACAGGAAGCUCUAGCAAGCCAGGUGGCCGACCUAAGAUUGGCUCUUCAGAGGGCCGAGCAACAGCAGGCAAGGAAGGAAGAUUAUUUGAGGGAAGAAAUCAGUGAAUUGCAGCAGAGGCUGCAGGAUGCAGAAACAAGGAACCAGGAGCUUAGCCAAAGCAUUACCUCAGCAACGAGGCCCCUGCUGCGUCAAAUAGAGAACCUACAGGCUUCACUGGGUGGACAAACUGCAUCCUGGGAAAAAAUAGAGAAGAACAUCUCUGACAGGCUGGUGGAAGCCCAGGCACAACUUGCUGCUGCAGUGGAGAAGGAACGCUCAGCAACAGAAGAACUGCUCUCCAUCAAGUGCCAGUUGGCCUCUCUGGAGUCACAGAAUUCCUUGCUUCGCCAGGAAAAGGUCCGACUCCUUGCACUCGUAGAGACAGAGAAGAACAGAAGAGAGAAUGUGGAAGACGACAGUGGCAGAGAGCAUAUUGAGUUGGAGAAUCUGCGAGGGGAACACAGGCGCAUGCUGGAAGAAGCGAAGAAAGAAAAGCUGCUGCUAACGAAUCAACUAGAGAUGGAGAAAAUGAAGGUUGAACAAGAGAAGAAAAAAUAUUACUUGGCACAAGAGGCGCUCAAGGAGAAGAAGAGCAUAACCCAUGAUGUCCCAGUUUCUUCCACACCCUCACUGUCCCGAUCGAGCUCCUUUAGUGGGACAGACAAUGCUGGUUUGCACUCCUCCAUCUUCUCUCAGGAUGACUUGUUAGACCAGACGCUCGGCAGUGGAACAAUGUCUGUGUCAAUGAGUGGUACCAACUUGUAUGAAGCUGCCAGGCUGUCUGGUGGCUCCAGCAUCAUAGAGAAUCUCCAGUCUCAACUCAAACUGAGGGAAGGAGAGAUAGCACAACUGCAGCUUGAGAUUUCUAGUCUGGAGAGGAGUCGUUCUGUAAUGGCAGAAGAGUUGGUUCGACUCACCAAUGAAAAUGAUGAAAUGGAGGAGAAGGUAAAAGAGAUCCCCAAGAUGAGCAUUCAGCUCAAGGAUCUGGAACAGAGGCACAACACAAUCUUGCAGAUGUAUGGAGAAAAAGCUGAAGAGGCAGAGGAGCUCAGGCUGGACCUUGAGGAUGUAAAGAGCAUGUACAAAACCCAAAUUGAUGAACUGCUGCAGAACCAGAAAUAAAGUUCACCUAAUAGGAAGACACUCACAAACUAAUUGAACUUACUAAACACCCCCACAAAUGAAGUAUUUUCUUUUAAGUCGUUAUACAAUAUUUGAGCAAGGGGGUUGGUGUUGAGUGAACUAUUUGGAAAAAAAAACAUCCAAGGAAAGCAGCAAGGUCAUAGAAUUACCUGCUACAGCCACUACUGACAUUCCA